AUGUCUAUCCCCUACAGUGGCACUGUUCGAAGAUCAGGGGGUGUUGUGUCUGCAAUUGGAAAGCAGUUACGAGCUGUAAAUCUAAAGGCUGCUAAGAGAAUAACGGUCAAAUUUGAUCCAUUUAGUGAUAAUGUUAAACAUACCAGGAACUUUUUGCAUUAUAUAAGUUCACCUAAGAUAAUUUUGACAAAUCCGAACUGUUCCCUUAAAACUGAGGUUGUUUGUGAUCGAAGUGAACCAGUUAUUGAUAUAUCAAUUAUUCCUUCAAUUGCAGAAACUGCUAAAGUAAAGAAUGUUACAUUCAAAAGUGGCAAUCUUACAUGUUUAGAAAUCUUGCAGUUGUUGAACAAACAUAUAACCUCACUAGCUCCUGCUGAACAGGUUUCAUCUUCAGUCCAAACUAAAUCAGAAAAAAAGAAAGGAAAGAAAAAG